GUCAAAAUACAAACCAUGAUUCCUUUUCUAUGAUUCAUGCAACAAACAAAUGAGUUAAAUACGUAUUACUCAUCAGUAGUUUUGUGAUAUUAAUUUGAAGCAAAGUUAACAAAAUGUUUUCUACAAAUCCGAAUUAUACGAAGCUCAAAACUCACUUAAGGCUGGCUAUAAACCGUCUUAAACUACUCGAGAAAAAGAAAACUGAAUUAGCUCUAAAAGCUCGCAAGGAAAUUGCGGAAUACAUAGCUGCUGGUAAAACUGAACGUGCUAAAAUCAGAGUGGAACAUAUAAUCAGAGAGGAUUACAUAGUAGAGGCAAUGGAGAUAGUUGAAAUGUACUGUGAUCUAAUACUAGCAAGAUUCGGUCUUGUUACUCAAAUGAAAGAAUUAGAUGAAGGCUUAGCUGAAGCCAUAUCAAGUCUUAUUUGGGUUGCGCCGCGAAUGCACACUGAUGUACAGGAGCUUAAGAUUAUUUCAGAUUUAUUGACAGCAAAGUAUGGUAAGAUAUAUGCAGAUGCAUGUCGUAGUGAAGAUGUGAACACAAUAAGUGAUAAAAUGAAACACAAGUUGUCUGUACAGAGUCCACCCAAGAUACUAGUCGAGAGAUAUUUAAUAGAGAUUGCUAAGAAAUAUAAUGUGGAAUAUGAACCUGAUGAACAAGUCAUGAGAGAGGAAGAAGGUCGAGAUGCUUUAUUAAUUGACAUCAAUGGUCCACCGAUGCCGCCAGGGUUUAUAGGCUUCCCGUCGCAGCCUCCCAUGCCACAGAUGCCUUCCAUGCCCAGCGUACCCACUCUGCCUGGACCUACUGUACAACCAUUCUCUUAUCCAACAGUUCAGCCAUCUGGAGGCAAAGCUGGUGGGUUUAUAGCAACCCCACCAGCCAACUAUCCGAGUGGCCCGAGUGGGUCACCUAUGAACUACAACUUGCCUCCCGGAGUUGAUUCUAAGAAUCUGAGCAACAGCUUCCUUCAGGAAGAAAUGCAUAAUCUACCGCCUGCUUAUGAUAGUAUUGCACAUGAUAUGCCGGCGCACGUGCCAACACCACAACCCAGGUCCCGUGUACCACAGAACUACUUCCCGGAGCUACCAGAAUUACCAUCGGUGCCAUCGGACCUACCACUACCAUCCGUACCACACAGCAAUAUUACAAACACUUCAAACGACUCUGCUACUGACGAAAUAGAUUUUGAAGAUCUUAACCGACGCUUCGAGGAGUUGAAGAAGAAAAAGUGAAGUACUCAAAUAACUAAGCACAUUAAGGGCAACCCUUAGUGUGAUUUCACAAACUUACCGGUAUAUUUUGGCACGUCGCUAAUAAGAGUAUGCUUUUGUCCGACGUGCCAACUUAAAUGUUAUAUAUACAAUGCUUUUGCUAUAGGAAAUUCCAUAAUAAGUUCUAGCUUUCUCAUAUACCUUUAGUUGUUUUUAAGAAGAUAACUUAAUGUUCUACACCUGCUGACUUGGUUCUUAGACAUGAGGACCUUAGAGAGAAAUAAAUAAGGGUUUUUAUAGAUUUACUUUGUAUUUUGUCUGUACACAUGAAGUUACAUUGGAGUUUCGUUCACAUUUUAGCCACGAUUUGAUUUAAAAUAAUAUGGCUCAUUUAAUAUUUAAAUGAACCUUUGCGAUUUUCCAUACUUUAGUUUUGCGUUAGUUUUUUAAGCUUGCUACACACGUUCAUUUUAAUUAACCAUUUGAUAAUUCAGAUAAAUCUAUUGUUUAAGUAACACUGAUAAACAGUUCUAGUUUUGUUAGAUUUAUUAUUAUAUUAUAUUAGAUUUAUUAUUAUUAUAUAUUUAUUAUUUAAACGAUUGUACUGUUCAUAUAAAGAGCGUGUGUAGCGGGCUUUAUUUCAUGCCUUUAUAUUGAAACUUGACAUUUCCACAAAAUAUUUUGUUUUCUUAUAGUAUGAUGGCUCCACCGUUGAAAUUAUUGUAGCGUCACUUUAUUUCGCCCAAGUUAUAAAAUAAAUUGAAAAUGUAAUACAUUUUUAAAAAUAGAACAAUGAAAUAUUUGAAAGGACGAAGUAAAUU